GGGAAAGACUACCGAAACCAGACAGAGGGAAGAUGCGCUUCCAUAAAAUUGCAAAUGUCAACAAAGCUCUGGAUUAUAUCGCCAGCAAAGGAGUGAAACUUGUAUCGAUUGGUGCAGAAGAAAUUGUGGAUGGCAAUGUGAAAAUGACGCUGGGUAUGAUCUGGACUAUCAUCCUUCGCUUUGCUAUUCAGGAUAUUUCAGUGGAAGAGACCUCUGCCAAAGAAGGGCUGCUGCUGUGGUGUCAAAGAAAAACUGCUCCUUACAGAAACGUGAACAUUCAGAACUUCCAUCUUAG